AUGACAUCCAGUGAAACGACUCAGACACACGAGCAACAGCAGCAGAUUGAUGACGUUGAGCAUCAUUGCCGUACAAAUACUACCACUACUACUUGGAACCUCCAAAUAUUUCAGAUAUGGAUGCUAGUUAUCUCGCUGCUUUUUGGAGGAAGCAGUGCUUCACUCCUUUACCUUUACGAAAUGCGCCUCCGACCCAACGCUCGACAAGCGGAAGUCUUAACAAAUCGGUCUAUGACUCUGAUCAUUGGCUAUGCCUACACCAGAAUGAUCCUCCAUGUUUCCACCGGAAAGCUACUGGCAGAGCAUAGCGAGACCUUCCAAUUGCUAGCCAAACCAAUGAAUGACGAUUGUGCUUUCAUACUGGAACCCAAUAGUCAUGUAUGGGUGGAUCGGGCCCUUCAGCUGACUGUUCAUUCUCGAAGGGACCGGUUGAUCCACCAUGCCGUGGCUUCGAUCUGGGCUCUAUUGGUAAUAGAAUGGUCUUCUUCCUCCUCUUUCUUCUUGAACGAUCCGUCCCUGUUUGUCACUGGCGCCAUCAUGGAGGGCUUGGCCAAGUUUUCAUACUUCUUUGAUUUUGUUGCCAGGAUGAACAGAGCUUUCAUCCGGAACCAAACUACUUGUGGCGAGUGCUGGGAAUCCAAAGCCAUUGUUGGUGCUGAUAUCUUGUUCAUCAGUAAGACUGCUCGGAAGCAGGCUCAAUUCAUGAAACUUGGGUUCGGCGUCUUCUUGCUUGCACAUUUUGUUGCACCUUUUGCUCUUGUGGGAGUGUAUCUUGGCUCAAGGAGAGAGUCGACCAUAGUUGCAUGGAAGCUCGCUCUCCCGUUUAUUUUUGUACUAUUCAACCUCUUGGAUACCAGCCAAUACAAAGCACUGAGAAAACAAUCCGAGUACGCAUAA